AUGGUGUCCGACUUCAGAAAGAAGAAGUUGCUCCAUGUAUUCAAUGCAUUCUUCGACACCAACCGAAGUGGAGGAGUGGACAAGAAGGACUUCGAGCUGGCUAUAAAGAAGAUUACCGAGCUCCGAGGAUACAAACCUGGUGAUGCCAAGUACAAGCAAGUGGAAGACACUCUGCUGAAGAUAUGGGAUGGUCUCCAGAGCCGAGCUGAUGCCAACAACGAUGGUGAAAUAUCACAGGAUGAGUGGAUUGAAAUGUGGGACCAGUACGCCAAGAACCCUUCGGCUGCUGCUGAGUGGCAGAACCUGUACUGCAAGUUUAUCUUCGAGCUAGAGGACGCCAGUAACGACGGAGCCAUCGAUGUCGAGGAGUUCUCCUCUGUAUAUGUGUCGUUUGGUUUGGAUAAGGAGGAGUCUGUGGAGGCUUUCCAUAAAAUGGCCAAGGGUAAGCAGACCGUCUCUUUUGCGGAGUUCCAGCACUUGUGGAAGGAGUAUUUCGUGACUGAGGACCAGGAUGCGCCAGGGAACUUCAUUUUCGGGUGCUACAUCUGCAGCCUUUCGAAGCAUUCCCACUCUCACUCGCACUAA